CCUACCCCACUUGCUAGUCAGAGCUAGCACGUUAGCUAAUGUAGCUUUUAAAGACGACGUUAAAUUGUACGGAAAGUCACCUGUGGUCAAACUAAGCAAACAACCUCUUGUCUUUUUUGUGUCUGAUUCAGUUUAACAUACUCUAUCCAUAGCAGACUAUCAUACAAUCGACUUUUUUCGAAUAACGACAAUGUUAGCUGCGCAACGAGCAGCUUUAGCCUACUAAAUUAGCUUUACGCUAGCUUUUUAUUGCCUCAAGCGCUGCAAUGAAUGGGGUUGGUGCGAAGUGAAGACAUCAGUCAGUAGUGUACUCUUAAUGUUAGCAUCCAAUUCUUAUGAUCCAGAUUGAGUGGCACUUUCAGAAAUGGAAGCAGCGAUAGGGGUUUAUUUGAGGAAGCCUGACUAGCGAGCGUGAUUUCGUUAGCUAAUGAGCAUUACGGCCAGGCAGGCGACAGAAGCUAACCGUUGAUUACUUUGUUGGAAAUGGAUCACAACGAAGACAUCCUGCUUUUUUCAGGUAUUGAGACGUAACAACAGCAAAGUUAGCUUGCGCAACAUAAUACAGCCGUCAAUGAAGAUUUUUGCUUUUUGUUUACAAACUUCAUUCAAGAUUCUGUGAUCGAUUUCGGUCAAGAUCACCCAGCAGAGCUGAGAACUGUGAAGCUAUCGUGUUGAGGAAAGAAUGGUGGCAUACAGGACUGACCCUGCCCUGCGCCCCAGGUAGAAGAGUGUUGGCGUUGGCGAACACUCCCCGGCUUGACUUGGCCCGUUGUUUACGGAUGAUGGGAAAACGAUCAUAUGUGGAAGCCUGUUCGUCGUGUAUUUUGCAUUCCCUUUUAGACCAUAUUAUGAAUCGCCUUCGCGACUGGGAUUCACUGCCAUUGAUGUGAUUUUCUUAUACUAUUGAGAUUUAUAUGAGAAGCAUGGACACGGAGGAAGUACCCCAAGAAGACGACUGUUCUUAGUCAUGGACUGUUGACAUCUACUUUGUACAUUUUUAUUUAUUUUAUUUUUAUAUUUGUACAUUAUAUUGUCAAAGACUGGAACCACUCUGACAUGUCUGCAUUUGCUGAGUUCGUGCCCCCUCCUGAAUGCCCGGUGUUUGAGCCGAGUUGGGAGGAUUUCUCGGAUCCUUUAGGAUUCAUCAACAAAAUCCGACCCAUUGCAGAGAAGACAGGCAUCUGCAAGAUCCGACCUCCGCAGGAUUGGCAGCCUCCAUUUGCCUGCGAUGUUCGCAACUUUCGCUUUACUCCAAGAGUUCAAAGACUAAAUGAACUUGAGGCCCUUACUCGAGUUAAGCUGAACUUUCUGGAUCAAAUUGCAAAGUUCUGGGAGCUGCAGGGGUCCAAGAUUCGAUUCCCUCAUGUGGAGAGAAAAAUUUUGGAUCUCUAUCAACUCAGCAAGAUUGUGUCAUCCGAGGGGGGCUUUGAGCCGGUUUGUAAAGAGAAGAGAUGGUCCAAAGUAGCCAGCAGAAUGGGCUUCCCACAGGGAAAAGGCACCGGUUCUCUCCUGCGCUCCCACUAUGAGAGAAUCCUUUACCCCUAUGAGCUCUUUCAAUCUGGAGCCACACUGACUGGCCUCAAUCGGCUAUAUGAUGAAGAAAAUGAUGGAGCAGACGUUGACGAGGGAGUUGGUGAGGAAGCAAUGGAUGAAGAGGAGCAAGAUGAGGAGGAAGAAAAAGAGAAGGAUGGGGAAGGCGACGACACACAAACAAAAGAGCUGCUGCUUCCUGAGAGACGCUCCAGGCGCCUAAAAUCAGAGAGGGAAAACAAAGAUCCAAAAAGCCUCAAAAUCUUUGGAACAAGUCCCAAAAUGGUCGGUUUGGAGAUUGUAUCAGCUGACGAUGGGUUCAGUAAGAAGCAGCGUCACCUCAAAGCCCAGGCUUUUGCCAUCAAAAUGAAACCACGCAAGGAGACCCUGGAGGUCAACUUUAUCGAUCUUUAUCUCUGCCUGGUGUGUGGAAGAGGGGAUGAAGAAGACCGGCUCUUGCUGUGUGAUGGCUGUGACGACAGCUACCACACUUUCUGCCUGAUCCCACCUCUGCAGGAUGUGCCCAAGGGGGACUGGCGUUGCCCGAAAUGUGUUGCUGAGGAGUGCAGUAAGCCCAGGGAGGCGUUUGGCUUUGAGCAGGCUGUGAAAGAGUACACGCUGCAGAGCUUCGGAGAGAUGGCUGACCACUUCAAGUCUGACUAUUUUAACAUGCCUGUUCAUAUGGUUCCUACGGAGUUGGUGGAGAAGGAGUUCUGGCGUCUGGUCAGCAGCAUCGAGGAGGAUGUCAUUGUUGAAUAUGGAGCGGACAUCAGCUCCAAGGAUGUAGGCAGUGGGUUUCCUGUUAGGGAUGGCAAGAGGAGGCUACUUGGAGAUGAAGAGGAAUAUGCCAACUCAGGCUGGAACUUGAACAACAUGCCAGUUCUGGAGCAGUCUGUGCUCACCCACAUCAAUGUGGACAUAUCGGGCAUGAAGGUUCCUUGGCUCUACGUGGGCAUGUGUUUCUCCUCUUUCUGCUGGCACAUCGAAGACCACUGGAGCUACUCCAUCAAUUUCCUCCAUUGGGGUGAACCCAAGACUUGGUAUGGAGUGCCGGCGUCGGCAGCAGAGAAGCUUGAGGCUGUGAUGAAAAAGCUGGCCCCAGAACUUUUUGACUCUCAGCCUGACCUCCUCCAUCAGCUGGUCACCAUCAUGAAUCCCAAUGUCCUGAUGGAGCAUGGUGUACCUGUGUACAGGACCAAUCAAUGUGCAGGGGAGUUUGUGGUGACGUUCCCCAGGGCCUACCACAGCGGCUUCAACCAGGGCUACAACUUUGCAGAAGCUGUUAACUUCUGUACGGCUGACUGGCUACCAAUGGGCCGUCAGUGUGUUGCCCAUUAUCGAAGACUCCGCCGUUACUGCGUCUUCUCCCACGAAGAGCUUUUGUGCAAGAUGGCUGCUGACCCAGAGAGCCUCGAUGUGGAACUGGCUGCUGCUGUCUUUAAGGAGAUGGGAGAGAUGAUGGAGGAAGAGACUAAACUCAGACAGGCUGUUCAAGAAAUGGGUGUGCUUUCGUCAGAACAGGAAGUUUUUGAACUUGUUCCAGAUGACGAGCGUCAGUGCUAUAAGUGUAAGACAACCUGUUUCUUGUCUGCACUGACAUGCUCCUGCAGCCCCGAUCGGCUGGUUUGUCUCCACCAUGCCACAGAUCUCUGCGACUGUCCACUUGGCAACAAGUGUCUUCGAUAUCGUUAUGAUCUGGAGGAGUUUCCUUCCAUGUUGUAUGGUGUAAAGACACGUGCACAGUCCUACGACACCUGGGCAAAAAGGGUCACAGAGGCCUUGGCAGCAGACCAGAAAAACAAGAAAGAUCUUAUUGAGCUCAAGGUUUUGCUGGAGGAUGCUGAAGAUAGGAAGUAUCCCGAGAACACUUUGUUCCGUCGCCUGAGGGAGAUGGUGAAAGAAGCGGAGACGUGCUCCUCUGUCGCCCAACUGCUGCUCAGCCGCAAGCAAAGGCACAGCAGCCGCCUCCGUUCUGACAGCAGUCGUAAUCGCACCAAACUUACUGUGGAUGAGCUAAAAGCCUUUGUGGACCAACUCUACAGGCUGCCAUGCAUCAUCAGUCAGGCGCGGCAAGUCAAAGAGUUAUUGGAGAAUGUGGAGGACUUCCAUGAGCGAGCGCAGGUGGCGCUGUCGGAUGAAAUGCCUGACUCUUCCAAGCUUCAGGCUCUUUUGGACCUGGGCAGCGGCCUGGAUGUAGAGCUGCCAGAGCUGCCCAGACUCAAGCAGCAGCUGCAGCAGGCUCGCUGGCUCGAUGAGGUGCGUGUCACCCUUGCUGAGCCCCACCGUGUCACACUGGAGCUAAUGAAGAGGCUGAUAGAUUCUGGAGUGGGUCUGGCUCCACAUCAUGCUGUGGAGAAGGCCAUGGCCGAGCUGCAAGAGGUCCUCACUGUUUCAGAGAGAUGGGAGGAUAAAGCACGGGCCUGCCUGCAGGCCAGGCCUCGCCACAGCAUGACAACCCUAGAGAGCAUUGUGCUGGAGGCAAGGAACAUCCCAGCAUAUCUGCCUAAUAUUUUGGCUCUGCGAGAGGCCUUACAGAAGGCCAAGGAGUGGACUUCUAAGGUAGAGGCCAUCCAGAGCGGAAGUAGCUACGCUUACCUGGAACAGCUGGAGAGUCUUCUGGCCAGGGGUCGCUCCAUCCCUGUCCGACUGGAUCCACUGGCUCAGGUGGAAUCUCAGGUGGCUGCAGCCCGAGCAUGGAGGGAGAGAACUGCUCGCACUUUCCUCAAAAAGAACUCCACGUAUACGCUCCUGCAGGUUCUCAGUCCUCGUGUAGACAUCGGAGUAUACGGCAACAGCAAAAGCAAGCGGAAGCGGGUCAAGGAGCUCAUGGAGAAGGAGAGAGGUGGCUUUGACCCAGACACCCUGAGCGACCUGGAGGAGAGCCUCGGGGAGGUGCGGGACCCUUCAACUGUUGUAGCUGCCUUCAAAGCCAAAGAGCAGAAAGAAGUGGAGGCCAUUCACUCUCUCCGUGCUGCCAAUUUAGCCAAGAUGGCCAUGGCAGACCGCAUCGAGGAGGUUAAGUUCUGCCUGUGCCGAAAGACAGCCAGUGGCUUCAUGUUGCAGUGCGAGCUUUGUAAGGACUGGUUCCACGGGGCGUGUGUCCCUUUGCCAAAGACAGGAACUCAAAAGAAAGUGAGUGUAGGUUGGCAGAGCAAUAGCAAAGACUCUAAAUUCCUGUGUCCACUAUGCCAGCGGUCGAGAAGACCGAGAUUAGAGACCAUUCUGUCACUGCUGGUUUCACUGCAAAAGCUUCCGGUGCGCCUGCCAGAAGGAGAAGCUCUGCAGUGUUUGACUGAGAGGGCAAUGGGUUGGCAGGAUCGAGCACGCCAAGCUCUAGCUACAGAAGAGCUUUCCUCAGCCCUGGCAAAGCUGUCUGUGCUGAGCCAGCGCAUGGUGGAGCAGGCGGCACGGGAGAAAACUGAAAAGAUCAUCAACGCAGAGUUGCUAAAAGCGGCUGCCAACCCUGACCUGCAGGGACACAUCCAAACUUUUCAGCAGUCUGGUUUCAGCAGAGCCACAUCACCACGGCAGUCUGUGGAUUACGACGAUGAGGAGACGGAUUCAGAUGAGGACAUUAGGGAAACGUAUGGCUAUGAUUCGAAGGACCCUGGUGAGGUGAAGCCCUACCUGUUCUGUGACGAGGAGAUUCCAGUCAAGUCAGAAGAGGUAGUCAGUCACAUGUGGCCGGCUGCCACUCCUUCUUUCUGCGCUGAACACGCCUAUUCGUCAGCUUCUAAGUCCUGCGUUCAAAACCUAGGCACACCCAGAAAGCAGCCCCGAAAGACUCCUCUGGUACCUCGGAGUCUGGAGCCACCAGUGCUUGAGCUAUCCCCCCAGGCUAAGGCCCAGCUGGAAGAGCUGAUGAUGCUGGGAGACCUACUGGAGGUGUCCCUGGAUGAGACCCAGCACAUCUGGAGGAUUCUGCAGGCCACUCACCCUCCCUCUGAGGAAAGAUUCUUGCAGGUCAUGGAGCCUGACAACUCCCUGAUAGAAAAGCCCCUAAAAAUAAAACUUAAAGAUUCAGAAAAGAAAAGGAAACGGAAGUUGGAGAGAGCUGAGCACCACCACAUGCUAAUGGCCACCACCGCUGCUGGAGGAACCUCGACAAUGGGAGAAAUCCGACCAUCAAAGUCCAAAGAGCUAAAAAGGGUUGGGCUCGAACUCGGCCUGGGUGGAAAACCUAAGAAGAAGAAGCUCAAGCUCAACCUGGAAAAGAAUCGGGAGAUGAAGCAGUUGGCCAAACGGUUGGCCAAGGAGGAGAAGGAGAGGAAAAGGAAGGAGAAGGCAGCUGCAAAGGCAGAGGCCAUCAGGGAGGGACUGGAGAAGAGGAAGGAGAAGAAGAUCCUGGACAUUCCCUCCAAGUAUGAUUGGUCAGGGGCCGAAGACUCCAAUGAUGAGAACGCAGUGUGUGCUGCAAAGAACUGCCAGAGACCAUGUAAAGACAAGGUGGACUGGGUGCAGUGUGACGGUGGCUGCGAUGAGUGGUUCCACCAGGUCUGCGUAGGCGUGUCAUGUGAAAUGGCAGAGAACGAAGACUAUAUUUGUGUGGACUGCUCCCAGAAGGCAGAUGGCACAAGUGGAGGCAUGGUCGACGAGGAGGUGACGGAAGAGAGCAUCGUGGUGCUGUCGAGCAUUGUGCAGAGUGCACCCUCGUCAUCUUCUGUGGCCUCAUGGUCCUCUGUGUCCCACUUAAACCCAGCAGCUCAACAUCAGCAGCAAGAGCCUCAGCAGGACAGUUAGCACUAAAAUGGGCUAAGGACUGAUCACCUCAUACAGAACCCAGUGUCCAGGCUAGUGUUACAACCAUGACAAGAAAGGGUUACUUACGAAUGUUAUUUGUUACUGUCAGCUUGCAAAGCACAAGAAAAACAACUUCUUCUAUGUGACUUAAGGAAAAGAAAACACUCUCCCUGUCUGCUAAGAUUUGUUAAUCCUUCUGUGACAGUUUUAGAUCUGAAAAACACCUACUAGCUACUUCCUGAACAAUCAGUGGCUCCGGUUUACUUGCUUAGUCAAACAAACACCUACUUACUUGAGCAGUUGUAUCCAUUGCAAACAGACGGUUAUGUUUCCAGUCCCAAUGAACUCCUGAACCGCUGCCUGCAGCCCUGCUCCUCAGACGGUGACAUCUCAAUAUGUAGGACAUAAAACUAGGGGGAAAAUGGUUGUAAUGUAGUGGAUUUAUUUAUAAUGUACAUAGCUCUUAAGCAAUUAAACUAAUGGAUUGUGGUUUUUUUCUUUUCUCACCUUUAAUAAACUAUUCCUAGUCAAAUGGUU